AUGUCUGCCUCCGCGGUCAUCGCCUCACUACUGACAUGCCUGCAGGCCCCCUCCGUUUUGAGACCAGUCGAUACGCUGGCUGCUUUGCCUGGAACAAGAUCGGAAUACAUUCAAGGAAAGACCAAUGGUCGACGCGUCCCCAUCUAUCCUCCCAGCACUUUGCCCGCCAAGAAUAAGGCCCAUUCGAAUGAUCAUAUCACGCCUAACAAGAAAAUCAAGACCGUUGACCUUCGAGAAGCCGGAGACUCAUCCGCGUCCGCCAUCAGUCUUGAUGACAGCCAGAUUCCCAAUGAUUCCGAGGAUGAACUCGCGCUCAGUGGUUCCAAACCCCCAAGCCAGAUUCGAAAACGCCAAGGGCAAGAACUUCUAACUUCCCGAGAAUCACGGCGAUCACCUGCCUCGAUACUCAGGAGUCGAAAUAAUGUGCACCCGGACCAGAUUCAGCGUCGGGAGCGUGACCAUUCACCCAUGGACGAGGGCGAUUUCACUAAAGAUGCUGCACGACAAAGGAGGGCUGUUAAAGAUAAACUGCUGGGGAGCCCACCUGCUGGUUCAAAGCCGUCAGCGGCACAACGCACAUCACCAUAUUUUCGCCAGAGUCCGCGUGCUGUUCUAGAAGGAAGCCAUGCCUUAAAACAGAAUCGGCAGAAGGACCCCACCCCGGAGAGUCCUGAUGCCAUUCAGGGCGGCGAAACUCACCGCGAAAGAAUCGCGCCGCCAGUGGCCGGCAAAGCCAAUGAGCCGCGAUCGAGAAGCAGCCGCCGUGGCUCGAGUAUCGGACACGGCUUAAGCUCGACCACAGGCAAACCAUCAGAUUCGGGUCAAAAGAAGACCACCGGCGAAAAGAAUUCGUUCAAGCUUGAUGGCCUUCUCUACCAUGACUUCGCCGAGGCAUCGAUCUACACGAUUAGAGUUGACGCUUCAACGAAAGAAAUAUCGCUGCAUACAGAUAGUCCCAUCUUUCCUGAUGAGCCUCUCACCUAUCCUCGUGCAAUCCGCCAAAUAGCGGGAAUUCUUUACGGAGCUGACGGUUCUCCACUCAUUCGGUUGCAAUUCAGUGGUGUAGGGCCAGACUAUAUGUUUCUCAGAUUCGACUCCGACAAAUCUGCGUAUGACUUCAUCAUGCUUCUCGCAAACACGGUGCCCGGAUUGAAAAUGACUGGUAAACAAGCGGACUGGAUGGAAGGUGCCUUCAACAAAUUCAAGGCUGCGCGAAACAGCAGCCACGAAAGAACUCAAAUAGAGAUUAUUCGAGCGGAAGACAAGACGCCCGCUAGAAUGCAGCGUUUGCCAUUAGGACAGCCGAACACGGGAGAGAAGCGUGCCCGUCUUAUCGACAAGCUCGAUGCUCCUCCUGCCUCAAGACAGCAUACUGUCAUCUCAGGAGCAGAUCGCAAAGCAGCAUAUGAGGAUCCAGAAGUGGCCCAGAAAAAGGACAGACGCCGUGCUCCACAAGACUCCACGUCACCUGAAUCCACUCACCCGAACGUCUUGACACGGAGGGUGACACGAUCGCAAGACGAAUCGAUGCGUAGCCAGGGACGAUCACAAAGCGAGACGCGAAGUCGAGCUCUGGGCCCACCAUGGAACAAAGACCUCGUUUAUCCGCAGCCGGGUCGCAGAGCUGCAAUAGUGCACUUUGAUGACCUGGCAAGGCUCGACCAUGAUGGGUUUUUGAAUGACAACCUGAUUCUGUUCUUCAUGCGAUACCUCGAAACACACAUGGAGAGAAAUAACCCAGAAGUUUACAAGCGAAUGCAUUUCUUCAAUACCUACUUCUACGAAGCCCUCACGAAAACUCCCAACGCAAAGAAGACCCUCAACUACGAAGCUGUCAGUCGAUGGACGAAAAAUAUCAAUCUCUUCAGUCGAGAUUUCGUGGUCGUCCCCGUCAACGAGAACCUGCAUUGGUACGUUGCUAUCAUUUGCAACCUUCCCUAUUUUCUAGGUGACAAAGGCGACAGCGGGUGGCCAGGCAGCACAAGUGGAGUCGAGCGCCUUGAUGAAGGGGUGGAAGAGGAUGGCGAAGAGGAAGCCGAUGCACAGACAGCAGCGACACAAAAUUCGUUGGCCGACCUUUCCAUUAGUGACGACGAAAAAGAUGGUCAUAUUCCGGCCAAGAGGAAGGGACCCGGACGUCGCAAAGCAGCCCGAAGAUCACUUCAGAAAUACCCCAUCAACAAGCCAGUUAUCAUCACACUCGACUCACUCGGCCAUAGUCGCUCGGCGACAUGUUCACACCUCAGAAAUUAUGUGGCCUUAGAGGCCAAGGACAAGCGGAAUCUUGAUAUCAACCCUGCUGAACUCCGAGGUAUGACUGCAAAGGAGAUCCCUACUCAAGGCAACUUCAGCGAUUGUGGGCUUUUCGUCUGCGUCUAUCUCGAGCAAUUCGUUGCAGAUCCUUACAACUUCGUCCGACGAAUACUGCAGCGCGAUGAGAGCGAGCAGCAGUGGCCACGAAAAAUCCACAGCGAGGAUUUGAGGUCGAGGCUGCGUGAGUUGAUCUUGGAAAUGCAUCGGAGGCAGGAGAAGGAAUCAACCACGCAGGACGAGGCGAUCAUUGGGAAUAUCUUGAUCGAAAAGGGAAAACCAUCCCCCACGCCGCCACCGUUCCACGAGAAGCCGCCGACAAAGCAAGAUAUUGAAGAGGCUCAAGAGAGGUUUGAAGGGCUUGUGGGUGCUCAAGUCGAGCCGUCCGACUCUCCUCGUGAAGAUUCCACCGUGCCGCGCAAUCCUCUGGCGGCCGCUCAAGACACUGUUGACGCUAUUCAUGCGGUUCCGGGCUCUCAAGAGGGCUAUGGUGAGAAUGAUGAAGAAGAUGUCAUCAUCGACGACGAGCUACUUCAGGUCCAGACAGAACAACCCUCGAAAUCGCCGCUUUUUUCUGAACCUCGAACGAAACAGAGCUCUUCUUCCGCGUCCGCUGCACAAGCCGGGGCAUCUUCUUCACCUAAACGUGCACGCCCUGCGCAGAAAGGCCGUCCUCAUUCAAACCCAGCCGAGCUGGCCGAGCAUUUGCGCGAGGGAAGAGCUGAACACGCAUCGAACAGACAACAUCGGGUGACGUUAAAAGAAAAGAGUCCAGAGAAGAGCCGUGCAUCUAGGUCGCCAAGCAGCUUCACGGAUGAGCUCCUCUCUGGAGAGAGAUCUUGGUUACCUGGUAUCAAGUUGCUUGCUGCACAAAGCUCAGCCACGCCGGAGCCAACCACGACCGGGGACGAGAAGACAAGACGCGCGACAGGGGAGAACAUGGGCUCAAGCCCUAGCCCGAGCUCAGAACCAGAGAUCGUUGGGGAACGGAAAGUCUUGCCAGCCAGACAAACCCCGGGACUGAAGAAACGCAAGCGGGCUUCAGGGAAACUGGAGGCUCCCGAGACUGCUCAAGAUCUGCCUCAAGGUGAAUCCAGUGGACUCUACGACGAGGCUGAGGCAGAAGUCCCCCAGUCCCCGGAGGCAGAGCCUGAACAUGGAAGAAGUUCGUGGGCAAACUCGAGGCCAUCGAAGAAGUCCAAGUGCUGGCGCUGA